GAGUGCCAAUCAGUUCCCAUUCAGUUCCCGAAGAGACAACAUGAGUGGUGACUAUGAGACCGGAGAUUACUAUAUCCGCCAUCGGAAGCUUCUCGAUCAGCCGGCGUUAUGGGAUUCCUUCCAGGACCCGCCCUCCAAAAGGGCAAGUGGCUCGGAUGCCGACUGGAAGAAGUUGCAGUUUUUCCUGAAACUGUUCAAGCUAUUCGUCUACCUCCUGGUCUUUGCGGUUAUUCUGGCAACAAGUGUGGCGGCUAACCUGGUUUAUCUCUACAUGGUUGGAAAUACGAGCGGAAGCGGGCCGCGGGUGCAGGUUUGCACCAAGUAUCUUCUCCUGACCGGAGAGGUGAUUGCCGCCCGGAACCGUUUGGAUCAAAUAGCCUGGGUCUGGGCCCUGGUCUUUGCCUUCGCCGCCCCCGAGCUCUUUACCUUUCUACGAGCCCUUCGGAUCUGUAUGUUCAAGCGGGAGCGCCGUCCCACCCAGCGGGAGGUCGCACUGGUCACGCUCUUCGAACUCCUGCACGUCGUUGGACUGGCACUGCUCACCUUUACCGUGCUCCCUGCCCUGGAUGUGACGCGGGGAGCAAUGUUGGGCUGCUGUGUCUGCUUCGUGCCCGCCCUGCUCAAUUUGCUGACGGGGAUGCGGCUACGCUGGAUUUCGGGCAACAACCUGGUAUUGAUCCUCUCCAUCCUUGCCCUGAUUGUCCAGGGAAGUGUCUUCCUGGUGUGGCCCGCGCUGAGCGACAAGCUUGAGGUGAAGCUGCUGGUCCUGCCGCUGGUGCUCGUAUCGUUCCGCUGGUGGGAGAACUUCGCCAACCCGCACGAGGCCAUCGCCAACAUCAUCCGCACCAUCCGCUGCACGCGAUCCCGCUACCACACCUACCUCUACCUGGCACCCCUGAAGGUGGUGGUUUUUGCAGGCGUGGGCUUUCUGCUGCAUGGUCAGGACUUCUUUUCGUACUUUUCCCUGUUUUUGGAUGCCUGGAGGCCCCACUUCAUUACCCUAGUGCAAACCAACGGCGGGAAUUCCAGUGCACUCAACUCAACCCAUCAGGCCAACUCAUCAGUCAGGAGUUCAAUGCAAUCUAACCCAAAUGCCAUGGUCUAUGCGUUGGCGGCCCAGGUGGGGGCGGCGUACCUCUGCCACGUGUUCGGCAAGUUCGCCUGCAAAAUCAAGAUCCAGGUGUUCAGCUGUGCCCUGCCUCUCACCCUGGCUGGACCCGUUACCGUCUGCCUGGCCACCUUUCUGGCCCAGCUGAGGGCCUCGGACUCUUGUGCCUUGCACGGUCUCCUGCCGGACUACCUCGGGCUGAGGGCGCUAGGCGGGAAUCUGGAAGAACUGGGCCAUGCGUGCCUGGAGUGGGCUCUGUGGCUGUGGCCACUGUGGUGGCUGGCCCAGGUGUGGACCUGCCUGCACAUCUGGCAGCCGCGCAACGACAAGAACGCCCCCACCGAGAAGCUCUAUGUGUGCCCCUGGUACUGCGGCCUACUGGUGGACCAGUGCUCGAUGAUGAACCGCCGCAUUGUCGACUGGAGCGAGGAGUAUCUGGCCAUCAAGAGCGAGCCCCCCGCCCCGAUCGACCCCAAGCCGGCUCAGACGGAACGCAUCACGGCCAACUCGGAAGUCCGGGAGGAGGACAAGGUGCCACAGUUGAUUGUGUGCGCCACCAUGUGGCACGAGACCGAGGACGAGAUGAUGGAGUUUCUCAAGUCGAUUUUGCGCCUGGAUGAGGAUCAAUGUGCCCGCCGCCUGGCGAAGGAAUAUCUCAAGGCGGAAGACGAGUACUAUGAAUUGGAAACUAAUAUCUUCUUCGACGAUGCCUUUAUACUAGACCCUCAAAAAUGUGAAAACAAGCGUAAUCCCCCGAUGAACGACUAUGUGAAGACCCUCAUCAACACCAUAGACAAGGCGGCCUUUGAGGUGUAUGGCGUAAACAUAAGGAUUAAACCUCCUCUGAAGAUUGAUACACCGUACGGUGGUCGGUUGGUUUGGACUCUUCCGGGCCGCACCAAGAUGGUGGCCCACCUGAAAAACAAGGACCAAAUUCGACACAAGAAGCGCUGGUCUCAGGUGAUGUACAUGUACUAUUUGCUUGGUUAUCGGAUCAUGGAUACGGUGCAUCUGCAUCCGCGUCGGAAGGUGGUGAUUGCAGAGAACACGUUUAUCCUGGCACUGGACGGAGAUAUCGACUUCCAGCCCAGGGCCGUCCACUUGCUGAUCGACCGGAUGAAGGCGGUGGAGGAACUGGGAGCCGCCUGCGGGCGGAUCCACCCAGUGGGGAGGGGACCGAUGGUGUGGUACCAGCGGUUCGAGUACGCCAUCGGCCACUGGCUGCAGAAGGCCACGGAGCACGUCAUCGGCUGCGUGCUCUGCAGCCCCGGGUGCUUCAGCUUGUUCCGUGCCAGCGCCCUCAUGGAAAACAGCGUCAUGAAGCGCUACACGAUGAUCAGUUCGGAGGCCAUGAAAAUGGUGCAGUACGAUCAGGGCGAGGACCGCUGGCUUUGCACCCUGCUGCUGAAGGCGGGCUCCCGGGUGGAGUACUGCGCCGCCUCGGAUGCCUACACCCACGCUCCGGAGAGUUUCAACGAGUUCUACAACCAGCGACGCCGUUGGGUGCCCUCCACCAUUGCCAACAUCUUCGACAUCCUCGCCGAUGCCAAAACGGUCGUACAGAAGAACAACUCCAUCUCCACGAUGUAUGUGUGGUACCAGGGCAUGCUGAUGAUCGGAACGGUCCUGGGCCCGGGCACCAUUUUCCUUAUGAUGGUGGGCGCCCUAGUGGCCGUAUUCACCAUCAACAUCUGGACCGCAUUUCUGUGGAACUUCUUUCCCCUACUACUCUUCAUUUUGUCAUGCGUCUACCUAAAGCAGAAGUACCAGCUGCUUAUAGCGUUCGUGAUCAGUUCCAUCUACUGUCUGGUGAUGAUGGCGGUCCUCAUUGGUAUCAUUGUCCAGAUGCUGGAGGAUGGUCCAUUGGCACCAGCGUCGCUCUUCUUCCUUUUGGUGGCUGUGCAGAUAACAAUUGCAGGCUUUAUGCAUCCUCAGGAGUUCUGGGCCCUUCUCUGCGGCGUCAUCUACUACAUCACCAUUCCCUCCAUGUAUAUGUUGCUGAUGAUUUACUCGGUCUUCAACAUGAACGACGUUUCCUGGGGCACCCGCGAAGCACCCACAAUAAAGGACGACGGCCAGGAGACGUCCAAUGGAGCUAAAAACUAUCCACAUGGUUGGCUGAAUGAUCCACUGCUUGUAAAUUCAGAGCUGGGGGAAAUACCGAUAAAGGAGAACAAAUUCUGGAAGGAUGUGAUUAAGGAGUACCUGAAGCCUCUGGAGCUAAGUCGGGAGCAAAAACAGCUGAUGGACGAUGGUCUGAAGGAGCUGAGAAACAUGAUUGCCUUCGCCUUCGUGAUGGUGAACGCGAUUUUCGUCCUAAUUGUGUUCCUACUGCAGUUGAAGAAGGAGUUCCUACACUUGAACUGGCCCAUUGAUCCGAGGGAUUUUAUUACUUUUAACAGGGAGAACCUUCAGCUGGACAUUUACCGAGAGUAUAAGGAGCUGGACCCCAUCGGACUCUGCUUCGUGAUAUUCUUUGGCCUGAUCCUCAUCAUUCAGUUCAUAGCCAUGUUCUUCCACCGCUUUGCAACGUUGUGUCAGCUGCUGGCUACCACCCACGUAGACUGGUUCCGGUCUAAUGGACAGUUCACGGACGAGGACGCCGCCCACGAGUUGAAGGGCAGUGCUGUGAAUAUAGUUCGCAGGCUGCAACGUCCCAAGAGACUCUUCGAAGAGGAUGACGAGGAUGAGCCCCACUACGACGAGGUGUUGCCGAAUGGGAGGGAGGGAUCUGGGGAGUAUCGGGAUGGCUCACAUCGCCGCCAAACUAUUUGCCGACUCACCGAGAACCCCAAUAGGUCCCAGAGCGACAACAGCGACUUGGUCUUAAACUUUAAGCGUCGCUUUUUGGGCGAAGAUGAUCUGACUUUGAAGAACGUGCUUCUGAAUCGAAAGUCGCAGAUGCUCUUCCAGCAGCGCCGAUCCAAGGCAAAGGCGGCGGCCACGCCGGGAGGAACUCCCACGCCCAUGGCGGGAACUCGCCCGCCGAUGUUAGAGAGCCCGGAGAAGAGAAGAUGUAGGAUCUUUUGCUGUUGCCCAUUUUCUAAACCCAAUGGCUUCGAAUCCUACGACAAUGAUGGCUAUGAGGAAACCGGUUUUUAGUCCGGGAGCGUCCCUUUUCCUCCAAGUAUUACCAAGAGAAUCUGCAGCGUAUCCAACUCCUUAUCUUAGAGCUAUUCCAUAUCAUAUUCCCAGAGACCGGAGGUGGUCUGAGAUGCUGACCUACU